AUGGUUUUUUGUUAUUUUUUAAAUAUUGAUGGUCAGUGCUACAGGACGAAUCCUCUUCCUUGCCCUUACCAGAACCCCACAACAACAACCACAACAGAGGCCACAACUACAACCACAACUGAGCCCACCACAACUACAACCACAACUGAACCCACCACAACUACAACCACAACUGAGCCCACCACAACUACAACCACAACACAGCCCACCACAACUACAACCACAACUAAGCCCACCACAACUACAACCACAACUGAGCCCACCACAACAACCACAACGGAACCAACCACCACAACCACUGAGCUUCCCAUCUUGCCACCUGUUGAUAUAGUUCAAUGCCCUCCGGGUUCAAUAUUAUAUGGAAGGGAGUGCCGGAAAAUCGUUUGUUAUGGGGGAGAAUAUUACCAGGGGCGAUGCAUUUCGCCCGUCUGUCCGGCAGGAACCGUCUGGCGCGGAGGACGCUGCCAGGAGCCAGGAUAUUUGACCACCAUCCUAGAGAUCGACAACGUUAUUCACAAUCAGCACGAGUACAAUGUCGUCACCGAGAACAUUAAUCGGGUGGAGUAUGUAACCCAACCACCUUUCCAGCCGGAGGAGGAUAAAAGUUAUGAAAACCCACCAGAAAAUAUUGUGGCAUCCACAACCACAACGUCUAAGCCAUGGGUGUAUCCCACGUUUGUAACCACCACGGAGAAGUCGACCUCGGGAGAGGCUUUUCCCGGUAGAAUUCCGCCGCCGGGAUGUUGUUUGGUUAUGAGUCCACGGGUCUGCAUCGAUUACACUCCCAACUGGGUCUGCUCCAGCCGCCCUCUGAAACUUUGUGACCCGAGAGUUUGCCAGACGCCUUGGGUAUAUCUGAAGCCGCCGAAAACAGUUCAGUCCACCAAGAAUGGUCGAAAAAUGGUCGUCAUGCCGGCCAAUCCGCCUCUGUUGGCAUGCAGUACACCUGAGUGUAAUGAAAGUGAUGUUUUGGACUGCUCUGGUUGUAAUGAUAAUUUACGCGAAAAGUGUUCACGAGGAUGCUACAAUUACUACUGUCCUAAUGGCACUUGUGGAUUUAUGAAUUCCGAAACCUACUGCAGCUACUAUCCAGGUGGCUUUGGCUGCAAUGAAGAUGAUGGAUGCAUCUGGGAUUGGUGCAAAGAGAAGUGCUACUAAAUUUAAU